AUGAUGUCCGCUGCUUCGCGCAGAGCUAUGAGCUCAAGAGCCAUUCAGACUCGACGUGCCAGUGUCUCACUGUGCGAGGUAUGUCGACAGAAGCGCGAGUUUCGCUUUGGGCCUUGGGGAUCCCGCAAUGGCGAUUGGGAAGAGAGCGUUGAAGCUUUCCGCGAAGCCCGAAAACAGAAACAUGAGAUGCGCUAUCGAUACAUGGCGUCACUCAAUCGCAGGCUCUGGGACAACCUGCCAAAGACCCGCGAUGACAAGGAGAGCGUCAACCUCUCUAACGAUAAGGGCAGCCACAAGGGUAUGAAACCCGACGCCGAACAAGUUAUAGCUUCAUGGAUCGAGACACCGUUUCGUUGCGCCAGCAAAGCUCAGGGCAAGCCACGCAAUGAUUGGGAUCAGGUCUCUGCGGAACAAAAACAUGAUUCCGAGCCGUGGAAAACACCAUUGAAAAGCAUCCGCAAUUACCUGUCUACGAAUCGAUCGCCCAAAGAACCAACCCUUGACCGCACGCCCGAUGCCACUACCUCGUUCGACCACAAUAACGCAGAAAUUGAUCCGAUCACGAAUCGCCGUGUACCAGCAAGGAAUAGCAAGCCCACGAAAGCGUCAUUCACACCCAAAUUCGACGACGUUGAUCAGCAACCGAAUCUACAAUCAGCUGGUGCGGAAUACGAGGACAGCCAUCGCUACAACGCGGUAAGGUGGAAUGAGCCGGAUGGCCUACCAACCAAGAGCACUGAGGAGAAGUCCAAAGAAUACCAAGACUUGGACCGCUACCAGCAAACUCGGUGGAAUAAAGCAGAUAACAUGCCGAGAAAAUCUCCAGAAGCAAUGAGCAAGGCAUGUCCAGACCUCAACAAGUAUGGGUCUAUGCAAUGGAGCGAGUCGGACCGCGUGCGAGAAGCCACACCGGAGAUCACAAAAGAGCGUGAUGAUCUUGACCAGUACGGUGCCGUCAAAUGGAACGAGCCGGAUGGUCUGCCGAAGGCUACUGCGGAAGAGCGCACUAAGCACUACGAGGAUCUCAGCAGUUACGGCGCUAGCAAGUGGAAUAAGCCGGAUGGUUUGCGCCAGCUCACCCCCAAGGAAGAGUCGCGAAAGUACCAGGAUCUCUCUACAUACGACGGUCCUCUCACAGUCGAUAGCUCGGUGCUUGAAGAAUACGAGCCCGGGCAGAACACCUCGAGUAUUAAAGGCAAAGCGCUUCCGCCCAAGGUUGAAGUGACGUCGGAAGAUCCUGGGAAGGAAUACAAAGACUUGGACGCCUACGAGCCUGUCUAUUGGAAUGAGCCUGAUGGUUUACGCAAGUUGACUCCUGAGGAAGAGUCCAAGAAGUACGAUGACUUGGAUUCUUACGAGGCUGUACAAUGGAACGAGCCUGACGGCCUUCAAAAGCUCACUGCAGAGGAGGAGUCCAAGUUUUAUUCGGACUUGGAGAGGUAUUCUGCAAAAGAAAUUCCUAGAACAGCUUCAAGGACACACCCUGAAGAAGAUUCCAAAGCGCGCGAUGACCUUUCUAUGUACGGCUUUGUAUCCAACGGAUCUGAGCCGGCGCAGAGUGGUCGGUCUGACAGCCCGACAAAGCACCACAACGAAUCUGCCCGCCGUCAAACCGAAGACUAUUCGAUGCCCACGCCAAACUCUGAACUAGAGUCACUAUCUGCCGAAGAAAUCCGCGCCAAUGUUUUGCGUAGGGCGCACGAAAGCAGUGAGAAGCAGAGAGACCGCGACGUCCCUGCGACAAAACUGACAGGGAACUAUGUGCGCGACUUUCCCGAGGAGUUCUCGACGUCCUGGAGCACGCACAACUCGAGCUCUCAAAGUGCCUUGUUCCCAAGCAACAAGACUUGCGAGAGCGAAGGCAAGGAAGAUGCCAUCCAGGGAGAGGCGGAGGCUAGUUCCAUGGACGAGAGCUUCCCGACUGAGGAGGCUCGUUUGGAGCCUGCACUCGACCGCCAUGCACGCAAGAGGUCGUUGCCCGAGGCCAGUUGGACUCAGCAAGACCCUUACUCGAAGGUUGCCCAAGGUCUCGAAACGAGCUAUCACAGCGAGGUCGGGGCCGCUACUACGUCCCCCGUAGCUAAGCACUAUGGAAGCCAUGAUUCCGCAGCAUCCAUCACAACAUCUCGCAGCACACCACAACUCUGGUACUACAAGAUUUUGGCAUACGACCAGCAGAAUGAUUCGGUCCGUACGGCGGAGACGACAUCGGCUGUCGAAGACACAAGUCGCCCGCAGACACCUGGAGAUAUCAUCCCACGUCUCUCUAACCCAGUCAGAUUCAUGCCCUACUUUGCAAUGCUAGAAGACCAGGGGUACGAACUGCUUUCAGGAUCAGACAACACGUUGGUUUUUCGCAAAGUCCGUGAGGCCAAAAGUGGUUCUACAACCGCCGCUGAAGAGGCAAAUCCCGGUCCAAAAAUCAACCCCAUCGAUCUGAUGGGGCAACCCGUCACAGGCAACUUUGCCAGCCCUACUGGCUUCGUUAACUACGAUUCCAUUUCAGAGGAGAAGGUCCACAAGCCGGCGCCACCCUUUCGCUCCCUUGCUGACGCCCACAGGGAAGAGAAGGGUUCUAACGACGUCAGGACAUCUGAUCAGGUGUCCAAGAAGAAUAAGAAGAAUACAAUGGCAAGGAAUCUGGUGAUUGGCACGGCGUGGGCUGGCGGCACAGCAUGCGCUCUUGGUGUCGUCGGGGAGUACUUUGCCUCUAGAGGAGCGCCGCCCAGACCAGGCGUUGCUCCCGAUACGCGCGGCACAAAGUGA